AUGACGACCUUUGCGCCCACGAGCCACCCAAAGCCUGAAGUUCCGCACGACACGCCCCACCACCACGCUCCCCCACCACAGCACUCGCAACACGGACCCUUCUCCCACCAGCUGGCCGCGUCCCUGACUUCCUCCAGCCCGCAAGUCUCCCGCCGGGCCUCGCGCGACCUGCGACACCACGGCUCCAACGGCGCAAUGGCUGGCCCCAACGGCAACGGGCCCAUGGCAGUGCCGGGUGGGCGCAUGGGCAAUGGCCACGGCAACCGCGAUAUGGCCUUUGGCGGUCCGCGUAGUCCUCCCAACAACAAGACUGAGACUGCACGUGCGGCUGCUGACUGGCAUAUUGUAGACACUUCACAUGUGCCGUGUAAAUUCUACCGGCAAGGCGCGUGCCAGGCGGGCAAGGCCUGUCCGUUCCUGCACUCGGACGAGCCCAUCACCGAGCGCGCGCCCUGCAAAUACUUCACCAAGGGAAACUGCAAGUUCGGCCAGAAGUGCGCCCUUGCUCACAUCCUGCCCAACGGCCAUGUCGUGAACCGGCACAAUGGCGGUGGUGGAGGACACUUCAGCCGCAUGAACAUCUCACACGGCGCUGAGCUGCCUCCCAAUAGCUCGCUGCUCACCAUGCAGGCACACAUGGCGCCCAUGCAGCCAGGCUUCCCGUACGGCAUGCACGACGAUUACGCGAACCAGAAGAAUCAGUACGACAUGAUCCCUACCAUCGACACCACGUUCUCGUCACAUCCCGGCUCCAACUACGGCUCGCCACCCAACGACAACGGCCGCAUCCCGCUUUCGCCCGUCCAGAAGGGCCUCAGUGUUAUGGAUGUUCCUCUCCCAGCCUCCUUUGAUAGCCAGGGCAUUUCUCACAUGGCGCGAUACGGCCCGAUUGCUUCUUCAGUUCCGGCCAAAUUCCUCGGCCGGCUCGCCACCUUCGUCGUAUCCUGUCGAUUCGGCCGCUAUUCGGAAUCUCCACGAUUCUGCCUUUGGGGAUGGUUCGCGGAGCAGAGCUGUGCUGGAGGUAUCAUGUCUUCGAGCGUUGGAGCGCGACCAGUGUACAAGGACGACGAGUGGGAUGAUUCUGACAUGAUUGGCAAGUUCGAGGAGGACCUGCUACCAAAUUCGCUCAGCGAUCUACUUACCCCGCAGGAGAAGAUGCGCCGCUUUUCUCGCGACCAGGGUGAUUUGGAGGCAACAUCGUUUUCACACCGUACUUCCAUGUCGCGACUUGGUGCGUCACCCACCGCAUCAGACCUCAAGAUCGGAUCACCGAACGCAGCCACUGCAUCUCCGUCGAGAUUCCAGUCACUAUGGGGCAAGCCACAACCCACCUACAAUGGUGGGUUUGAGUCCGGAUCACCGGGAGCCUCAGCUUUCGGCCAUGUUGGAUCGCCUCUCCGGAAUUCCAGCCUGCAUCCUGGAGCCAGCCCCUCCCUACGUGCUCUAAACCGACCAACAUCCGGAGACACCAGUCCUUUUGUUUCUUCUCCUCCACGUCACACCUCUAUGAACAUGCUCAACGAGCAGAUGCAGCGCACCCGACUGUCCUCGCGUGAAGGAGCCGGCUUCACUAGCAAUCCAAUGCACCCUGGUAUCAACCGCGUAACAUCUGGAUCGAGCGUCGGUAGCUCGGGUGGACGACUUGGCAUGGAUCGCGCUGUCAGCAGUAGUAGCAUCAACCGCGAGCGCAUCGAAGAAGAGCAGGGUCUGUUUAGCAUGGAGGAAGAGGAGGACAUCGCAAAAGGCCGAGAUGGAGCGUCCACAACUUCGAGCAACAGCAACAAACGUCUGAGUGGUCUAUCUUGGGGCAGCGGCGGAAAGGGAAGUCCCAACCUCGCACCCGUUGGCGGUCACCGCGCCACUGGCUCGUCUGGUCUCGGUCGCGAAAAUAACCCAUGGGGCAACAAUGCCUGA